AAUAAUUACAUAGUAAUGUUUCCAAGGGCGAAAUGACCAAAAUGGGUCUCCUACAAAGAUUGGCAGUACGGAUGACCCCUCCUUUCAUUACACCAACAGCCGCAUCGCCACCGUUACCCAGCUUCACACACUCUCUCCGCCGCAAUCUACGUUCCUCCGCCGCCGCCGCCAUGAGCGCCACCAACACUCCGGUCACCCCUCUGGACCUCAUUUUCAAGGAGAAAAAAUCCCUCCGCGCCAAAGUGAAGAAGCAACUCAGAUCAAUGGACCCCAACCUCAGAUCUCAACAAGAUGUAGCGAUACAGAACAUAGUAUUGGAUUCACCAUGGUUCAAAUCCUGUAAGAGAUUGUGUGCUUAUAUUAGCUGCCCUGCCCUAAGAGAAGUUGAUACUUCUAAAAUUCUCUCAGCAAUUUUGAAUAACUCAGGCCAAGACGACGAUGCACAGGUGAGAAAGAAGCUAUACGUGCCUAGGGUAGAAGACAAGAACAGUUACAUGCGGAUGCUAAAUAUUUCUCGAAUGGACGAUUUGAUUGCAAACUCGAUGGACAUAUUGGAACCUUCCCCUUUCGAUGCUGACGGAAACGAACGUGAAAACGUUAUGUUUGCAAACGAACCCGUUGACUUGUUCAUUUUACCCGGGCUUGCAUUUGACAAAUCCGGUAGGCGAUUGGGCCGUGGUGGAGGUUAUUACGACACAUUCCUUGCAAAAUAUCAAGAACUUGCCAACGAUCGUAAAUGGAAGAAACCUUUAUUCGUUGCUCUUUCGUAUUCGACGCAAAUACUCGAAGAUGGUGUUGUACCCAUGACUCCAAAUGAUGUACCCAUCGAUGCUCUCGUUUUAUCCUCCGGUGUCAUUCCCAUUACUCCAGCGGCCAAUGAGAUUAUUUGACGGGAGUUAUAUAGAUAGUUACACACGGUAAUCGAAUUUUGUUGAUGAAUAUUAUUUUCGAAUUUUAAGAGUUGUAACAAAAAAAUGAUCAAUUGACAUAUGUAAAACCUUUGUUUUGGUGGAAAAUUUAAUACAACUAGUGUAUGCCUGGGAUUUCUUAAAUGGGAGUUGUUUGUAUCCAAGUUAUUUCAUACUUUUUUUUUUU